UCACUAAUGUCAGGCAGUCAUUAUUUUUUCGAAUUGGACGAAAGGAGCUGAAUUAGUCUUUUCAUGAUUUAAAUCACAAUAACCAUGGCUAAUACAGGCUUAUUGCCAUUUGUACGAGGUGUAGACUUCACAUGUAAUGAUUUCAGCGAUGAAAAAUUCCCAGAUGCUAUUCGAUAUAUGACAGGGCUUCAAUGGUUGAGGCUAGACAAGACAAAUUUGACUGAAGUGCCAGAGGAAUUAGGAAAACUUAUGAAAUUGGAGAAUCUCUCGUUGAAGAAUAAUAAUUUGGAAAAGUUAUUUGGUGAGCUGACAGAGUUGAAAUGUUUGAGAUCUCUGAAUGUGAGAAGAAACAAUGUGAAAAGUUCGGGUAUUCCUGCGGAACUGUUCCGGUUAGAGGAGUUGACUACCCUGGAUCUGUCACACAACAGACUGAAGGCUGUACCUGAAGGCCUGGACAAAGCCAAAUCAUUACUUGUACUGAAUCUCAGCCAUAAUAAGAUUGAAAGCAUACCGCCUACACUCUUCGUGCAACUGACAGACCUGUUAUUUCUGGAUCUAUCUCAUAACUUAUUGGAGACUCUGCCGCCUCAGACGAGGAGGCUGGCGAACCUGCAGACUCUGAUACUUAACGACAACCCCUUGGGCCUCUUUCAACUACGGCAACUCCCAUCCCUCCAAAGCUUGGAGACUCUCCACAUGCGAAACACGCAGCGCACGCUAGCCAACCUCCCCACCUCACUGGAUACGCUGUCAAACCUCUCGGAUGUGGAUCUGUCUAAGAACGCCCUUACAAAGGUGCCUGAUGCGCUGUACUCGCUGCUUGGACUGAAAAGGCUUAAUCUUAGCGAUAAUGAGAUCACUGAGGUGUCGCAAGCCAUCGAUAACUGGCAGAAGCUAGAAAGCUUGAAUCUCUCGCGCAACAAACUGACCAGCCUCCCGGCCACUCUGUGUAAACUUCUCAACCUGAAGAGGCUGCAUGUUGACGACAACCAACUGGACUUCGAAGGGAUACCGUCUGGGAUUGGGAAGCUGUGUAGUAUGGAGGUGUUCUCUGCCGCUAACAAUCUAUUGGAGAUGAUUCCUGAAGGAUUAUGCAGAUGCGGAUCCCUGAAGAAACUGAACCUGAGCUGCAACAAGCUGAUCACUCUCCCCGACGCCAUCCACCUCCUCAGCGACCUCGAGAGCCUCCAGCUUCACGGCAACCCCGACCUGGUCAUGCCACCGAAACCUGUUGAAAGAGUCCGAGGGUCCGGGCUGGCUUAUUAUAAUAUAGACUUCUCACUGCAAGCGCAGUUACAACUGGCAGGAGCGGCUACUUCAGAACCUGUUACACCUACCAGUGUGAAGUCAGACCCGAUCGCACGCAAACUCCGUCUCCGACGCGGUCGCACCGAAGCCACGGGCGGUGAACGCGAGUCAGCUAUGAUACUUCGUGGCAUGCAGGAACAAGCCAACACACAGGCCAACGUCGAGUUGCCUCCAAACAGUGAACUCAAACCUAAACGCUGGGACGAGAGCCUAGAAAAACCACCACUGGACUACUCAGAAUUCUUCGACGAAGACACGGGACAAACUCCUGGUCUGCAAGUGUGGGAGAUCGAGAACUUCAUACCAGCACCCGUUGAAGAGGUGGCGCAAGGCAAGUUCUUCGAGGGGGAGUGCUACAUCAUUCUGAAGACGGCGCUGGAGGAGCAAGGGCAGCUCACGUGGGACAUACAUUUUUGGAUCGGAUCUAAAGCUACGCUGGACAAAGGCGCCUGUGCCGCCAUGCACGCCGUCAACCUCCGCAACCUACUCGGCGCCAAACGCACACAACGACACGAGCAAGGCGACGAGUCCGAGGAGUUCCUGGCUCUCUUCCCCACUCCGCCCGUGUACAUACAGGGCGCGCACACAGCCUCAGGCUUCUACACCGUGGACGAGCCGCGCUACGUGACCCGUCUAUACCGAGUGCACGCGCACGGCAGCGGCGUCCACCUAGUCCCGGUCGAAGUGUCCGCGGCCUCGCUCGACCCGCGCCACGUGUUCAUAUUGGACACCGGCCUCAUCAUAUACCUGUGGUACGGCAAAAAAGCGAAGAACACACUCAAGUCAAAAGCGCGUCUGUUCGCAGAGAAGAUAAAUAAAGAAGAGAGAAAGAACAAAGCCGAAUUAAUAGCGGAACCACCGGGCAAGGAACCUAAAUCCUUCUGGCAGACUCUAGGAUAUGAAGGCGACGCGUUUGUACCAGAGGAGCACGUGCCGGCAGACUUCAGCUGGCUUCCCCCUCGCCUAUACCGCGUUGAACUCGGCAUGGGCUACCUGGAGCUGCCGCAGCCCGAGGCAGCCCCGUUAGCGCGGGGGGUGCUAGCUACUCGCAACGUCUAUAUAUUAGACGCACAUCGCGACGUGUUCGUGUGGUUCGGCAAGAAGUCUUCCAGAUUAGUGCGCGCGGCCGCUGUGAAGCUAGCGCAGGAGUUAUUCAACAUGGUUGAGCGAGUUGAGUACGCUCUUGUUACACGACUACAAGAAGGCACCGAAACUCAGAUAUUCAAGACAUACUUCCUGGGCUGGGAGGAGGUGAUCGCAGUAGAUUUCACGCGCACGGCCGAGUCUGUAGCGCGAACUGGCGCCGACCUCGCCAGCUGGGCCAAGCGGCAAGAAACCAAAGCGGACCUAUCAGCGCUCUUCACGCCGCGCCAGCCAUCAAUGCCAGCGACGGAAGCCAAAACGCUCGCCGACGAAUGGAACGAAGACUUAGAAGCCAUGGAGGCAUUCGUUUUAGAGGGACGCCACUUCGUACGGCUGCCAGACACAGAGCUAGGCGUAUUCCACUCUCAAGACUGUUAUGUGUUCCUGUGCCGGUAUAUUCUGCCUGCGCCGGAAGAUGAAAGCGAGAGCUCCAAUGGCGACGAGGAAGGAGACGCGGAUGCGGUCACGUGGGUGGUGUACUUCUGGCAGGGCCGACGCGCGCCUAACAUGGGCUGGCUAACCUUCACAUUCGGUCUCGAGCGUAAAUUCAAGCAGCUCUGCAAGCGACUCGAAGUAGUACGGACUCACCAACAGCAAGAGAGUCUCAAGUUCAUGUCACACUUCCAUCGCCGGUUCAUCAUACGAGACGGCAAGAGGAACCAGCCGCCUGAGGGCGGCAAACAGCCCGUGGAACUGUUUGAGCUGCGCAGUAACGGCUCGGCGCUCUGCACGCGCCUCGUCCAAGUGAAGGCUGAUGCGGCACAACUCAACAGUGCCUUCUGUUACAUCCUCAACGUGCCACUAGAGGGCGCCAACGACACUUCAUCAGCGAUAGUAUACGCGUGGAUCGGAAGCAAAGCGGACGCAGACUCCGCCCGCCUCAUAGAACACAUCGCAGAACACAAGUUCAACAGUCCCUGGGUCAGCCUGCAGGUGUUAACCGAGGGCAGCGAGCCAGACAACUUCUUCUGGGUGGCGCUGGGCGGCCGCAAGGAAUACGACACGGAUGCAGACUUCCUCAACUACACGAGACUGUUCCGCUGCUCCAAUGAGAAGGGAUACUUCACUGUGUCGGAGAAGUGCACUGAUUUCUGCCAGGACGACCUUGCGGACGACGACAUCAUGAUCCUGGACAACGGAGACCAGGUGUUCCUGUGGCUCGGCGCCAAGUGCUCCGAGGUGGAGAUCAAGCUGGCCUACAAGUCCGCACAGGUAUACAUCCAACACAUGAAGACCCUACAGCCAGACCACCCACGCAAGCUCUUCCUCACGCUCAAGAACAAGGAGUCUCGCCGGUUCACCAAGUGCUUCCAUGGCUGGGGCGAGCACAAGAGGCCUCCGGAGUAAACUGUACGAGACUAUAGGGCUAGGACGUGAUUGGCGCGAGAUGCGAACCGCGAGAGAUAGACUACAAGUCGAUUCACUAGAGCUGGCACGAAUGGAAUGAGUGAAUGAAAAUAUGCAUGUGUGUGACAGAUUAUCUAACGUCACUCAUACUGUGUUCAUUCCAUCCGUGCCACCUUUCAGGAAACAAUCUGUAUGUUAUUAAUACAAUUAGAAAGAGUGAUCUAUGUCGCGGCGAAAUACUGUCGCGCCAAUAAUAUGCUAGCCAUGCAGAUAGGCAGUGGUUCUUAACCUUUUUAGUGAUAAAUGUACACUCCUAAAAAUUACUUUUCAAAUAUUUAUUGACGAGUGAGGAGUGUCAAUCUAAAGAUACUUUUCUCUAAAUCCAUACAAAAAUAAUCUCUACUCCUUGAAUUAUAUUAAAAAUGGUUUUGAUUGGAGCUGGUGGAAGAGUUUUACAGAAAGCGUCAAAUCAUUGUUUUUUUUUUUGGAUUUUUGGAUUGUGUCAAAUUAUUGUUUUUUUUUUUUCACUAAGAUCUAAAUUUUAUAUAAAAAAACAUGAGACGGAAGAAAGCUAUAAUAUCGCAAUUUAAGUAAACCUCUGCUAGUUGCCAACCCCGUUUGCAGAUCAGAUAUCAACAAUAAGAGAAGUCAGCAGAGCAUUGGUUAAGAACCACAAAUUUACGAUUUACGAAAGAACAUGAUUUUAAAUGAAUUUCCUAUAGAAAAUCAUUAUUUCAGAAACAAACAAUUCCCUUUCACUUAUAGUCCGUCUCCAUAUUUAAUUCACAUUGUACCUUUUAAAUUAUUCUCAUUUCUAAAAAUGUUAGAAGCAUGUACAUUUUGGGAAUGGUGUAUUAUACGUUUUACUAAAAAAAAAAGAGACAUUGAAGGAAUAAGAAGUAGGUAACAUCAUUUUGGUGUUUGCCCUGUUUUUACAUUGACUCCUGCAUAGAUUCCUAUAUUUGAACAUAAUGAUUCAUAAUUUACUUUAAGUUUUACUUAAUUCCUUUUCAAUACAAGCUGGGCUUAUUUCUUACUUUGUGUGCCCACUGACCAGCAAACUAAAAAAACAUGCAGUAAUAAACCCCUGGUCCAAACUAUUAACUUGAUAUUGUAAUAUUUUGUUAUAGUGCUUUGUAAGAUUGCAACUUGUCUUGUGGGCUAUAGUUUGCUGGCCCUUUGUAGUUCAUUGUAAGAACAAUUUGUAGUUCUAAACUAAGUACUUAUUCAAAGCAUGUCAAGGGAUCACUUUAUUUUAUAAUGGUUAUAAGGACUGGCUAGAAAAUGCAAAGCCUGAAUUUAUUGCCGUCCAAAUGUUUUUGAUCUUUAUUCGGAAUCAGUAUUAG